GGGAAAAAUAAAUUUAAUCAUAAAACUCUGAAAGAAAAUUAAAUUAUCUAAAUACAGUUGAGAGGGACAUUGCUCAGGCUAUCGAAAAGAGAUGCUGACCAUAGCUCCUCCUCAUCCUCUUUCAAGCUUCAGGCUUCAAAUCACCGAUUCCCACAGCCAAAGCCACAGGGGUGUCGUCUUUGAUUAUGUAUCGAAAAGCGGUGCAAAACCUUUUGCUUUGGUUAGAGCAGCAUGUAGUUCGACCCGCUUGAACACUCCAUUUCAGUCUGUUACUGAGCUCGCUGAUGGUGGCGGCGUUUGCUCCCAUUCUCCGAACAAGGAGGACGAAGAUGCUACUUCAGGCGCUGUCACAAAAACUGCGAAUCCAACAGCAGGUAGUAAGAGAUUGUCUGGAAAUUUCAGAAAACUCAAAGCACAGAAGGUCAAAUUCCUCAUGAUGAAGCAAAAGGUAAGGAAACAUGCAGAUGUAUCAGCAGCGGCAGAUGCAGAUUUUGAUACAUUGGUCACCUCAUAUGCUAAAUCAGAUUCUACAGACAAGUCUUGCGGGGAUGAAAUGGCUACCAGGAGAGGAGAGAAAAUGAAGGUUUCCAGUUCCAAUAAGAAACUUAGUGAAUAUCAGACUUUGGAUUAUGAAAUUAUGCCAGAUAAACCUGUAAAAUCUAUUCCCAGAAGAGCUGGAACAGUUCAUGCUGGUUCUUCUUCUUACCGAAGAGGAUGGGGUAAUGUUGGUCUCGAGUCCCAAUCAGCAAAUCCUCUACAAAGAAAGCACAAGUUUUCUGCUCAGAAUGACUUCUUUAGUAGAAAAUCAUUCAGAGAUUUGGGAUGUAGUCAAUUUAUGAUGGAAUCUUUAAAGCAACAAUCUUUCCUUCGCCCUUCAAAUAUUCAGGCCAUGGCAUUUACACCUGUAAUUGAGGGGAAAUGCUGUGUUAUAGCAGAUCAAAGUGGAUCAGGAAAGACAUUGGCAUAUCUUAUACCUGUAAUUCAGCGUCUCAGGUUAGAAGAACUCCAAGGACUUGGUGAAUCCUUAUCACAGAAUCCUCGAGUACUUAUAAUGGUGCCAACGGCUGAGCUGGCUUCUCAGGUUUUGAAUAAUUGCCGAUCAAUGUCAAAAUUUGGGGUUCCAUUUCGGUCUAUGGCUGCAACUGGGGGAUUCUCUCAGAGGACUCAAUUGCAAAAUCUAGAACAAGGUGUUGACAUUCUAAUAGUCACACCUGGUCGUUUCUUGUUCCUAAUUAAGGAAGGAUUCUUGAAGUUGACAAAUCUGAAAUGUUCUGUGUUGGAUGAGGUAGACAUAUUGUUCAAAGAUGAUGACUUUGAGUUUGCACUCCAAAGCUUGAUGAAUUCUUCACCUCUUGCCACACAAUAUCUGUUCGUGACUGCUACUUUACCGGUAGAUGUGUAUAACAAGCUUAUUGAAAUCUUUCCUGAUUGUGAAAUGAUCAUGGGACCCAGUAUGCAUCGCACGAGUACCAGACUGGAAGAGGUUCUUGUUGAUUGCAGUGGAGAAAUUGGGACAGAGCGGACUCCAGAGACAGCAUUCGUUAAUAAGAAACAUGCUCUUCUGCAGCUUAUGGAGCAAAGUCCCGUCUCCAAAACAAUUGUUUUCUGUAACAAGAUUGAGACAUGCAGAAAAGUAGAGAAUGUGUUAAAACGUUUUGAUAGAAAAGGAGCCUAUGUUCGGGUUCUACCAUUCCAUGCUGCUCUGGCACAAGAUUCAAGGGUUGCAAACAUGAAAGAGUUCAUGAAUUAUAGUUCUGGAGGAUGCUCAUUAUUUUUGGUUUGCACUGAUAGAGCAUCGCGAGGAAUUGAUUUUACUGGUGUGGAUCAUGUUAUACUCUUUGACUUUCCACGUGAUCCAAGUGAAUACGUGCGUCGUGUUGGAAGAACAGCUAGAGGUGCUGUGGGAAAGGGCAAGGCGUUUAUCUUUGUGGUUGGUAAGCAAGUUUCUCUCGCACAGAAGAUAAUUGACAGAAACCGAAAAGGUCACCCAUUGCAUGAUGUGCCAUCUGCAUAUGAGCUUAUGAGUUAAAGGCAGCAUUUUGAAUGGAGAUGCGAACAAUUGGCGCACAUGCUGGCUAAGCUGUUAGAUUAGAUAACUCUCUUGUGCAUGCCCUGCAUGUUUUUGGUAGCUCACAUCCACCACGAUUUUACGGUUGCACAAGUUGAAUACCUCGAGAAGCGCCAUUACAUAACUAAUCUUCGGAUCCUACUUCUACUUGGAACUUGUCAUUGCCAAAAGUAAAGCUGCAUAGAAUAAUUCUAGGUUUGUUAUGAGCAAAGAGAAAGAUGCCUUAGGGGAGCAAGUCAGCAACCUGAGGGAACAGCUAUUUCUUUCACCUCCGUUUGUUCCCUUCUCUCACCUGCUUAUCCAUGUCUGUGGAUUCAUAUUUUACUUCAUGUAUUCAUUCAUCUAGAAAACUGUUCCAAACGAAAUGUUUUGAGAUAGGAAAGCUUGUCCGAAGCUCAAGUAAUGUUAACGGAGGUGAAAAAGAACAACACAUUUUUAAGGUUAUUUACAAUUUUAGUUGGAGCUCAGGUCUUAUGGCA